AUGGCUCUCUCUGAAACUUUAAUGGAGCAACGGACUCUGGAACUACAGCUGGUCUCCGCCAAGAACCUGAAAAACGUGAACCUCCUCACCAAGAUGGACGUCUACGCCGUGGUCUCCCUCAACGGCGACGCCUACAACGGCAAUCAGAAGACCAAGACCAAACCCGUCCCAAACUGCGGCACCGACCCCACCUUCAACUUCACCCUGCACUUCAGCCUCGAUGACUCCCUACUCAUUAAACACAACGUACUCUCCCUCGAGGUCAAGCUCGUCAGCCAGCGCCUCCUUGGUGACAAGGUCAUCGGCGCCGUCCACGUCCCCCUCAAGGAGCUCUUCGACUCCGCCGACCCCAGGGACAUGAAGUUUAUAUCAUACCAGGUCCGGCGACCUUCCGGCAAGCCCAAGGGCGAGCUCACCUUCUCUUAUAAGUUCGGGGAAAAGGUCACGGUGCCGAAGCCGGCCAAGAAGAGUGAGCCGGUGAUGGCGUACCCGGUUGGUGCAACAAAGUCGACGGGUUACCCGCCACAGGGUUACCCGACGGUGCAGCAGAAACCAGCAAAGAAGAAAAGUUCAGGGAUGGGAUUCGGUACUGGGUUAAUUGGUGGGCUGUUGGUUGGAGAUAUGUUGUCCCACAUUGGCGGUGGCGGAUGCGGCGGCGGCGGCGGAUGCGGCGGAGGAUGCGGUGGAGGAUGCGGCGGUGGGGGUUGUGGUGGUUGA